UGCUACUGAUGCUGCUGCUGCUGCAGCCGUUUGACAAUUCCCCACCCAGAGAGAGCAGGAAAGAAGGGAGGAGAUCAGAGCAAGGAGGAAGAAGGAGUAAGCGACACCUCAGUCAAGAUGCUCCUGUGCUAGUCUCCACACACGAAAGCAAAGCUUCAUGCUGCCUUGCAGGAGAAAAGUCGUUUGAACCUUGAGCUGAUCAACCAUCACCUGAAGGCAUCCAAGUAUGACCAGGUGCAAACAGACUAUGACCAGCUGAGACAGACAUUUGCUGUAGUGAGCCAGGAGAGAGACGUGGCCCAGCAGCAGAGGAGUCAGCUCCAAGGGAGAGUGGAGACCCUGGAACAGGUUCUAAAGCAUAUGCACGAGACUGUAGAGCUGAAGCAGCAGCUGCAGAUAGAGCAUGAGCAAGCCUUGGUGGCCCUCCACACCAAGCAGAAGGAGAUCAAUCAACUGCAAAAGGUCAAGGUUCCUGACCUGGAGCAGAAAUGCAGGUCACAGAGUGAACACGACCACCAGCUGUCCAAAGAGCUGCUGAAUUUCCGUUUACAGUCAGAUACUGUGGACAUCCAAAAACUUAAACCCAAUUUCACAUACUUGAUCCCCAUCUCACCGGAGAAGAAACUUCCAAAAAUCCACGAAGGAUUCGAAGCACAGACUGAGACAAGCGAUGAGAGCGUGGCAAACACGCCGCUACUGAUCUCCCAGUUCUUGCCCCGCACAACACAGACUGGAGACAGAGAAAGACCAGAACUGCUGUCUGUCAAAUCCAGCACCGUGACAAUGGAUCGUCCCAGCAGCCCUCGAAAGCCGACCUCCUCCGAGAUAGAGGAUGAGGCCAACCCAUCACCAAGGUCCAAGCCUCGCUACACAGGCCAGGUCCGUCUCUGCACUGCCCGCUACAGUUAUAACCCUUACGAUGGACCAAAUGAGCACCCUGAAGCAGAGCUCCCCCUUGUGGCUGGAAAGUAUCUGUACGUGUAUGGAAACAUGGAUGACGAUGGCUUCUAUGAGGGAGAGCUACUAGAUGGACAGCGAGGGCUUGUUCCUUCCAACUUUGUGGAGUUUGUCCAGGACAAGGAAAAACCAGCAGAGGGAGGGGAAGACCUGGACCCACUGGACCAUAUGUCCCUGGCCUUGGUGCCAGUGGAUGGAGGUGCCUCCCAGGACGGCCUCCUGGGCUCAUCAAAUGCCUUGGUUCCUUGUAGCAAUGGGACAGGGGGGCCACUGGACCCCGAGGACCUGGCUGAAGAUGUUGUGCCUUAUCCCCGAAAGAUCUCCCUGAUCAAGCAGCUGGCACGGAGCGUCAUUGUGGCUUGGGAGCCUCCGAUAGUGCCUUUGGGCUGGGGGAACAUCUCUGGCUACAACGUUUUGGUAGAUGGGGAGCUCCGUGCCAGCAUAGCGUUUGGAGGCCGGACAAAGUGUCUGCUGGAGAAGCUGGACCUGGACGGCUGCGUUCAUCGCGUGUCGGUGCAGAGCGUCACAGACCGUGGCCUGUCCGACGAGCUGCGCUGCACCUUGCUGGUGGGAGCCAAUGUAGUGGUGGCUCCGUGUGGUCUACGGGUGGACGACAUCCAGCGUGACACUGCCGAGCUCUCUUGGUUGCCUAGCAACAGUAACUAUGGUCACACGGUGUUCUUGGAUGGGGUAGAACAUGCAGUGAUGAAGCCAGGGAGGUAUAGACUACGCUUUUACAACCUGAAGCCGCUUACAGUGUACAAAGUGACAGUGAUGGCACAGCCACACCAGGUGCCGUGGCAGCUACCGCUGGAGCAGAGAGAGAGGAAAGAGGCUGGGGUGGAGUUCUGUACUCAGGCUGCAGGUCCAACACCAUAUUGCAGAACAGGCCCUCCUCAGCCACCUGUGGAUGUACAGGUGCUGUGUGGGCAGGCUCCAGGGGUGCUACAGGUCCGCUGGAAGCCCCCUAUCCUCUCUCCCACAGGCACAUCUAAUGGGGCAAAUGUAGUUGGUUAUGCUGUCUGCACCAAAGGACAGAGGAUAGCAGAGGUGUUGUACCCAAUGGCAGAUUAUGUUACUGUGGAGCUGACACGGAUUCAGUGCCUGGAGGCUCGUGAAGUGAUCGUCAGGACGCUGUCCUUGCAGGGAGAAUCCCAGGACUCCCAAGUUGCCGUCAUUCCAAAUAACCUGCUUGUGCCUCUUCCUGCGCUUCCUCUGCCACCGCCAAUGCAUCCUCAUGCAGGCCCUCCUGCGCACCCCCACGCUCAGCCCCACCUCCAGUCCCCUCACAUUCCUCAUGUCCAACCCCAACUUCCUGCUCCCCCCCAGGCACAUGGACAACCACUCCAACCCCAUCCUGCACACGGACAACCCCAUCCCAGACUCCCCCAUCCUGGCGGACCCCCUCAGCCCCAGCUUCGAGGCCCACAUCCUCAGCCCCGCCCCCUGCACCUUCAGCCCCGCCAGCCCCACCAAGGUCCCAGGCCCCAGCACCAGCUGCCUCUGCUACCCCACCCCCAACACCACCCUAUACCUCAGAGACCAGUAUGUGCCAGAGACCUGGAUGCCAAAGACCACGGGGCCCACCAUGGCGGAGCUAUUCAGCCUGGACAGCCUGGCUGGGACACCAAUCGUUCGCCCUCUUCCCAGCCUCCUGUGCCCAUGCAAGGCCACACCCUGGAGGCCCCACAGCCUGCCAACCCACGCUCACCUUCCCCACAGAGGAUUCUUCCACAGCCUCGGGGGACACUUAUCCCAGACACAGUGGCCAAAGCCAUCGCUCGAGAAGCUGCACAGAGGGUGGCAGCAGAAAGUGGCAAGGGUGACCGGCGGCAGGGCAGAUAUGGAGAGCAGGGUCACACAUUUCACCAGCAUCACUCUGACGAGGAAGAGGAGGAAGAAGGCUUUGCACGUGGGCGGCGGAGAGGACCGUCAGUGGAUGAGUUCCUACGAGGCUCUGAGCUUGGGAGGCCGACAAACGCUUCUGCUGGAGGCCGUCACGACCAGGCUGGGAGGAGAAUUCAUCAUGGCGGUCCCCAGCCUCAAAGAAGGCCACUAAUGGUCCCCUCCAUUGAUGGCUACAGGGACCGGGAUCGCCGCUCUCCCACGUACUAUGACGAGUCAGAGCCUGAGGAGUCCUUCCGGAUCUUUGUGGCCCUUUUUGACUACGAUCCUCUGUCCAUGUCCCCAAAUCCGGAUGCAGCUGAUGAAGAGCUGCCCUUCAAAGAGGGGCAGAUCAUUAAGAUAUAUGGUGAUAAAGACACAGAUGGUUUCUACAGAGGAGAGGUGAGGGGCAGGAUGGGACUGAUACCCUGUAACAUGGUGUCAGAGAUCCGAGCGGAGGACGAGGAGACCUUGGACCAGCUCAUGAAACAGGGCUUUCUGCCUCUUAGCACACCUGUGGACAGAAUAGAGCAGAACAGAAGAGGACUCCGUCGAGAUCAGGCUUCAAGGAGGAUGGUGGCUUUGUAUGACUACGACCCACGAGAGAGCUCCCCUAAUGUUGAUGUGGAGGCUGAGCUGACGUUCUGUGCUGGUGACAUCAUCGCUGUUUUUGGAGAUAUUGAUGAGGACGGAUUCUAUUAUGGUGAGAUCAACGGCCACCGUGGUCUGGUUCCCUCUAACUUCCUGGAAGAAGUGCCUGAUGAUGUGGAGGUGUAUCUGACCGAUACUCCAUCCCACUACCCCCAGGAAGAGCCUGCCAACCGGCCCCCUGCCAACUCUGCCACCACCGCCGCCGCCGUCUCCGAGAGCAAACGGGAGAGGCCAUGCUGUGAUUGGUCCUGUGAUGUUGUGAUGUGCUGCUACCUCCAUCGCCUGUGCACUGUUUAGUUUUGUCUCAUGCUAUAAAGGGUCACUUUUAAGCCUCAGAGAAAUUACAAAUUUAAAUGUUAAAGUGCAUUCUUCUCUGGUUCUGUAUGAAAUGUUUUGGCUUACUCUUCAUAUCGGGUUAUUUCCUCUGAUCUUGUAUAAUUUAGUUCUCAAAGCCUGAAUCUAGAGAACACAAACACUAAUUAGUCACGUCAACACUCUGCUGUUGCUCCACUUACUUUGUUGACUCACUAAAUGUUUCAUAUCUUUAAUGAAGUCCAAAAAAAACACAACUAAAUCUGUUUGCAUAUAUGCCACAAAGGGUUUGCAGCAGAAAGCAGAGGAUGACUUAAUUUCUCACAGUACGUCACUGUGCAUCUCAUCUCUUAAAUUGUUGGUAUAAAAGUCCCCAAAAAUGUGUCUUAAUUACAAAGUACACUAGGCUGCAUGUAGUACAGAACAUUUGUAAUUGUUUUGUGUCAUCAAGGAAAUUUAAUGUCGCCAUUCUCUGAACUCUUGAGUUUUUCCAGUUGUAAUGAUUCAAAUGAAUAGCAUUUUUGCUUUAUUAAUUUCUACAGUUUAAUACAUUAAAGCCACUUGAGGAGUUUGUGGCUGUGUAUAAAAAAGAUAAGCUACAAAAGCAAACAAGCCCACCAGAAAGAUGACUGAUUAAUUAUUUUAUAUUUUAAUGCCUGAAACUGCUGUAGGGGGUAGGUGUCAGACAAAGACAGUAACAGCUGGCUAAAACACCUUUGUUUACAUGUUUUCGCCACAAAAUCCCUCAAUUUAUUUACCUGCUGAAACAGAAAGUAAAAUGGGAUUUAAAAAGACUGCUUUAUCAUGUACAGGUGGAAAGAUUUAGAAAUAAGGUAAAAGGUUCAGCUUUGUCCACAGGGGGUGCCAAAAUCAACACAAUGAAAUGUUCCUCACAAGAGAUUCAACUUCAGCUUUUGACAGCAAGAACUUCUCCCAAUAACUUAGAAUCUAUUGAUUAACUCUGUACCUUUUGACUGCAGGAACCAGGGUCUAAAUUAAGUUAAUCCAGGGAAACUCUGGUGAUACAUUAAACCAUUUUUCUUGCAAAAUGUAUAUACAGUUUUACUCGGCAGAGUAGGCUCUACUCAAAAGAUGGUCCCUGGAUUAGUCAAGCAGCAUGCUUUGACUUUCCAAGGAGCACAUAGCUAGAAACCACCGUAGGGAUAAACAUGUUUAUGACAAUGCAUAUUGAAUACAAUAAAUUAAGUUCAAAAGCAA